AAACCUGCUUGCAAAGAGCAGGCAGGCUCAUUCCGGGACAAGAGGAAGUCAGUCUCCACUCCCUGGGCCUGCGCCUCUCUGCCCCUUGCCCGGAGGAAGGGGGAAGCCAGGGGCCCCCCUGGGGGCCCAGCCCCCCAAUCCCUCCCAGCAGAGGAAGCCAAGGGUGGUGCAGCCACGAUGGAAACCGGCCAACGCGGCAGCGAGAGGAAUCAGCCCAGACACCAGGAAGACACAUCCAGAGGCCCCCGAGCAGGGUGAGCCAGCCUCGGAAGGGCUGUGCAUGAAGGGGCCCUGGUGCACAUGGUCUGUGCCCCACGGAGGUAAGCCCAGCUGUGGCCUGAGGGAUUCGGAUUAGACAACAGGAAGGAAUUGGCUUUGAGAAGCACCGGGUUCAAGUUCCAGCUUAACCGGUCGGUUUUAGGAAGCUGCGGAGGACAGAGCACCGAGCUGGCAUCUAGAGGUCUGUGGUGUCCAACCUGCAUUUACAGGACAGUUGCACGAGAAACCUCCAGGCUCCGGUGCCGAUCUUACAUUCUCAGCGUUCCCAGCUGUGAGUGGGAUUCGGACCCUGGAGCGGGGGGAGUCAGGGUGGGCUCCAGGCCUCCCCCCUGGCCCUUCCAGAGCCCCUCCUGUCAACCUAGAGACAGGACAAAGAGAAAUCCCUUACCGACCGCAUUGAUCUCUUAAGCGUCUGCUUCUCGAGAGCGUCCCCUUGCCAUGGGACAGGUGUCAGCCUGAGCAGGAGCUCGGUGUCUCUUAAACAGCAUAGCCUUGGGUGGUCCUGGAAGGAAACCAAGAGAAAUACCAGGAUGUGGGCCCUGUGUUCCGCGAUUGCUGAGGGAGACCCCCGCUCAAGGCUCAGAAGGAGGCAUGGAGGCCAAGAAGUGUGGACACAGACGUUGGAGGUGGCCAGGGCCCCAAGUAUUGACAGGCCCUGCAUCCUAAGCCAGGAGUCCAUUUUUAUUGAAUAAGCGAAGGAAGAUUGAGCUAGAAGAAGCUUGCAAGGGGUAACCGCGGGGCUCCAGUGGGAGACACAACGGCUUCUUGGGUGAGGGAACUUUGGAGCUGGUCUAGGACUUGCUUCACUGAGAAGACCAGUCUCAGAGCCGGCUCAGAGGUAGCAGAGGGGAGGGCUCGGGAGACAAGGAAGGGAGUGUGUCGGGGUGAGGGUGAGAACUGGCUCUAACCCAGAGGGGUCGCGAAAGGAGCAAGGCAGAUGUAGGGGGCAGGGAGGGCUUGGAGGCUCAGGCCAGGGGACAGGCUUAGAACCUUGAGCCCAUGAUCAGCUUAGGCAUCAGAGACUUUGGCUUUCAGACCAUCUGCUUUAUCUGAAGACUUUCAGCCGCCGAGGAGCUGGGGAGCUCAAACACCAUCUUGCCUGAGUCGGGGACAAGUGACUUGAAGUGCACCCUCUUUUCUUGGCAGGAGCAGGUGUCUCUGGGGAAGGAUGGCCCAGGAGCUCAGUGAGAAGGAGCUGUUGAAGAUGGAGGUGGAACAGCUGAAGAAGGAAGUCAAGAACCCAAGAACGCCGAUUUCCAAGACAGGAAAGGAAAUCAAGGAUUAUGUGGAGGCUGAAGCCGGAAACGACCCUCUCCUCAAAGGCGUCCCUGAGGACAAGAAUCCCUUCAAGGAGAAAGGCGGUUGUAUGAUAAGCUGAGGGCCCAGAGCCCUGUCCCCUGAACGUCUGUCCCUCCUCAGCCCCACUCUUCACCAGAAACCAAGUGUCUGCGGACACUCAGGGACCCCAGGGACUCUUCACCCUCUCUCGGCCACCGCAGGAGUAGACACCUGGCCCGGGCACUGGGGAGCCAUUCCCCACUCCCCCCUUCAGCUCUCCUCCCCUCCACAAGCCCGGUCCCUGCGGGCUCCCCGUGGAGGCCCUCUAGGACAGAGGACAGCUUCUCUGGCUCAGCAGCGGGCAAUUGUGUGGUGGGGUCCGAAGAGCCGGCCACACCCUGAGACCCCAGACGGCACCCUUAGAGACGUUUACCCCGCCCAGAGCCAUCCCAUCUGUCCCCCCACCAUAGGAACCAGCAUCCCUAUUCAGAGUAGUUUGGGGUGAGGUCCAGAGUGGGGGGUCCUUCUUCCUCAUCUUCUGUCUGACCCUGUGGUCCUGCUCCUAGUCACUCAGACCACCCCAGAGGGCCUGAGGACAAAGAGUUUGUGAAGUCACAGUGUCAGGAUGUAUUUAAUGCUACGGAGGGUGGUUCUGUGCUGGGCACUAGGGAGCGAGACGGGCAAGGCUAACAGGGCGGGAGAGGAGAGUUUGCAGCUCGGGCAGUAAGUCUACCCCGCAGAAAGGACCGCCACGGGCAAGGUCGCUGUGAACUGUUGCAGGCCAGUGGGCCGUGGGCCGGGCCGGGGCAGACAGAGGCCCAAGAGGGAGAUGCCUGAAGCCUUGAAGGGCCUCCCGUGAGCUCAGUGAAGAACUGUGGUCUCCUCCCGAGGCAACAGAACAGGCGCGAAGCAGCCCAGGGACAGGAUUUGAUGAACAGGAAGGAGGCUGCAGGAGGGAGGCUGGCUCCUGCUGAGGACUCGGACUCCUGGGCCUCGUUAGCAAGGAGAUUAUAGUCUUAUGGAGCCACAGAAGUGAUGAGGGCACAGAAGGCAAGCCCAGGACAGAGCACAAGCUGACCCCCCACAGCUGCCCUCUCAGGUGGGAUCUGUGUGACAUUCCUCCCGGCUCCAUGGGGCUCCUGGCCGCCCUAAAGCUAAAAAACAAAUGGUUAACGAACAGAACAGAGAUCACAGUCCAGCAAGAGAGAGUCUCCCUCUGUUUACAAAUGUCUCCAUGAUUUACCAGGAAAAAAAAAAAAAAAGCAUUCUUCAUCAAAAACCUAAUUUCCAGAAGGUAACUCCCAACGGUCUUACUGUUAAUGCUUUACCAGAGGGUUAAACAACCUUCCCUUGACAAUAGCGAGGCCUCCAAUAUCUUGUAGGUCCUCUUCAGCAUACAAAAAUUCUUUUGAAAACCUCGCUUCUUCCUUACCCCCAACCCCAUAGUAUAUAAUCAGUCCCCCUCACAACCCGGGGCAGCAGCUCUUUCUGCCCACGG